AUGAAGCUGAGGAGCCAGCCGGCCCUAGAAGCGGCAGCAACGGCAUCAGCACCUCCAGCGACGGCUAGUACAUUAGCAGGAAUGUUAUGUACCAGAAACAGCAUCAGUAGAAAUAUGAACAGAAUUAGCGAUAGUAUUAUCGCCAGCGACAACAAGAUCGACGACAGCAAUGGCCGUAUCUCAAACAGAAAUGGCGGCAGAUCUAUCGCAAAUGGUAACUAUAACAAAAGUGACAGCACCAGCCAUCAAGAUAGCGCCGACAACAGCUCCAACAACAGCAUGAUGACCGCAACACCAAUAACAGCGCCACCACCUCUGAUGUCUCCUACGCCAGUAGUAUCAGCAUCAGCGUCAUCGCCACCUUUAACGACGCCAAUAACAACACCAACGACAUCAGUACGAACAACUGCGGUGGCAGCAGCGUCAACACCAGCAGAUACAAAAUCGCCAACACCCGCACACAGAGCUACAUCGGAUGCCCCGGUAGCAUAUUCAAACAACACCUCUCCAACCACAGAUCCUCUUUUAGGAUACCAGAAAGAAGAUAUGCUACAUCAUUAG